AUGCUGCCCCUCCGCGCCCUCCGCCGCCUGCCCCUCCCACCCCGCUGCAUACAGCGCUGCUCCCGCCCCGUCUCCCGCCCAUCCUCCACUGCCGCCCAGCUCCUGCACGACCCCUCGCCCACCUACCACCACCACCACGCUGCUCCCCCACCGCCACCUCCCCAUUUGCCCCUCAACCUCCCCUCUCCUCUUCCAAAUGACAUCGUGUCGCCCCCCAGCUCUGCGCACUCUGCCCUGUACCCGUCUACAAGUGUAUUGGACUCCAUAUCCAUGAUAUCGAUCUGCCUCAGACGCCCUGAGCAUGUUCCGAGAGCGUACCAGAUAUUCACACAGCUCUUGCGAGAUCCUGUGACUGGCCAGUCCAGGGCGCCUGAAGCAAAAGUAUGGUCAGUGGUCAUCGAGGGAGUGGCUAGUCUUGCCGGUCAGCAGGGCUCGUCAGCAGGUGCAGAAAGGUGGAGGAAGCGGGCAGAGAAGCUGGUAGAGCAAUGGGGAGUUUCAUUUGGGUCUAAAGGCAAGGUGCCUGUGCUGGAACACCAAGGCAUCAAGGUCUAUCAAGGGUGGUUCAAUGGUCUUCUCAGCUCUCAGUCCCCAAUCGACCCCAUGGUGCCAUAUCUUCGAAGCCCCGCACUCUCUGCAAUUUCAUUGCUGGAUGGAUUGGAAGCUUCAGUUCUGCCACUCGCAUGUCAAGCGCUGAUCGAGACAGCCGAUCGCGCUGGACUUCCAGCGUUGAAGGAAGAGGUCCUGAUCAUACAGGGAGAAGAGAAACAGCGCAGGGAGGCAGUGGCAUCAGAGGUGAUUGCCGAUGUCGCUCCUGUUCUAGAAGGGUCUGGAAAGUCCACUGCACCGCAGCGUCAGCAGUCCGAAAGGCGCGAAGCUCGCUUCGCUAUCGCCAAUCUUCGACAAGCUCUAUCAGCAAUAGAAUCUACAUCUAUUCCUGUCAAUCGCCAACGGGAGCUUGAAGCAGCAUCGUACCAGGCUGCGAGAUCUGAGCUGGAAGAAAACGCCAAGCGUUUUCGAUCCGGUGGCGAUGACUCGACUCUUCAGCGAUCGAAAUUGCAGUCCUGGAUGUAUACUUGGCUGGGACAGCUUACGGCAGAGCUUGAAUCACGCAUCACUGCAAUGCAAGCCCAAGUCGCUUCUCUACCCCCAUCACAGAUCGAACCUGCGACGCUAAAAUAUUCGGCCACCGCUCGCAUGAAGCCACAGGUCCUUUUUAUGUACCUCUCGUUACUCCCUGCCGACAAAUUGGCCUUGAUAACUAUUCUCGAAAUCAUGAGGAUGUCAGGGUCAGGUGGUAUAGUCGAUGGUAUGAAGGUCUUGCGAGGCAUGGUGGCCGUCGGCAAGGCAGUCGAGACUGAAUUUAGAGCUGAGACAAUAAAGAAUGUGGCGGGUGUCGACUCUCACCAUUGGUUGAAGUCGAUUGAUCCACAGACCCAGAAGCCCAGUCGUCAAUUGAUCGGGUCUGUGUGGAAGAAGAUAGGGGAGCAAGUCAAACAACCGAAGAUUAGUGAACAGGCCGAAGGGGGGAGUUUGCAAGAAGUUUGGACGCCUUCUUGGUCCAGGAUGGUCCAGCUAGGGGUCGGGUCAGAGCUUGUUGAUGCUCUUCUCAAGGUAGCGAAAGUUGAAAGAGAAGCAAAAGAUAGACAUACCGGUACCAUACUCAAAGAAGAACAGUCUGCUUUCACCCAUUCAUACGAAUAUGUGCGGGGAAAGAAACUUGGUGUGAUCAAACUCAAUCCUGAGGUCGCUGCCCGAUUGGCCCGGGAUGACAUUGGUGUCGUGAUCCACCCGAAACAUUUGCCCAUGCUCGUCGAGCCUCGACGGUGGACAUCUCACAAUGAAGGAGGCUAUCUUCUACAUUCGGUGCCAGUGAUGCGGUACAAAGAGUCCUUAGAGCAACAAAAGUGGUUGCAAGCGGCGUCGGAGGAAGGGCAUCUUGAGCCUAUAUUCCACGGCCUGGAUGUCCUUUCCUCAACCUCUUGGAGGAUCAAUCGGCAGGUCUUUGAUGUGGUACUCGCAUCCUGGAAUCAAGGGGAGGCUAUUGCGGAUAUUCCCGCGUCUGAGGACCGGGUCAACUACGAUUUUCCGGAACCACUCGAUCCUUCCAAUCAGGAUCCUCAAGUCCGCACAAAAUACGUGGAAAAAAUGAAAAUGGUCCUUGCGCAACAGCGCAAGGAUCACGCAGAAAGGUGUAAAUUCAAUUACAACAUCGAAAUAGCUCGAUCAUAUCUCAAAGACGAGUUCUUUUUGCCCCAUAAUAUGGAUUUCAGAGGCCGCGCCUAUCCUAUACCGCCCCACUUGAGUCCCGUAGGGGACGACUUAUGCCGUGGUCUUCUCACUUUUGGUACCAGAAAGCCAUUGGGGACCACAGGUCUGAGAUGGUUACAAAUACAUCUCGCCAAUGUAUACGGCUACGACAAAGCCAGCUUUGAGGAACGAGCCCAAUUUGCCCAGGCGCAUCAUGCGGAUAUCUUUGAUAGCGCCGACAAUCCCCUUGGUGGCAAUCGCUGGUGGCUCAAUGCUGAGGACCCAUGGCAAUGUUUAGCAACCUGCUUUGAGCUGACAUCUGCUCUUCGUUCCCCGCAUCCAGAGGCUUUCGAAUCAUCUUUGCCUGUUCAUCAAGAUGGGACUUGUAACGGCAUGCAGCACUACGCCGCCCUCGGCGGCGACGUUCAGGGAGCCAAAGCUGUGAAUUUAGAGGCAGGUGAUCGACCUGCAGAUAUCUACACAGGUGUAGUCGACAUCGUCAACAGAGUGAUUGAAGAAGACAAAAAAUCUGGACAUGCUGUCGCUUGCUUGAUCGACGAAGCGUUGGGAAGAAAAGUUGUCAAGCAAACUGUCAUGACGACAGUGUACGGUGUCACUUUCGUCGGAGCGCGAGACCAGAUUGCCAAGCAGCUACAAGCCAGAGGCGAUGUCUCGCAAGACGACAUUUUCGCUGUCUCUAGCUAUAUCGCAAAAACGGUAUUGAACUGUAUAGGUGAUUUGUUUUCAGGUGCCAAAUCAAUCAUGGACUGGCUAGCGACCGCAGCGCGUUUGAUCUCCCGUUCCAUUCCCUAUGAACGGGCCAGUGAUGCUGCAUCGCAGCUAACGACGACGUCUCGCUCUGGCAAAGUUGUCUCUCGGGCCUCUAAAGAGUUCAUGAGCGCAGUCAUCUGGACUACACCUCUCGGACUUCCUGUGGUUCAACCCUACCGGAAAGCACAGAAGAAGCAGAUUAUGACUGCUCUUCAGUCUGUUUAUAUAUCAGAUCCCAACGCUCCAGCGGAGGUCAGUCCUCAAAAGCAAGCCACUGCAUUCCCCCCCAACUUCAUUCAUUCUUUGGACGCCACCCACAUGCUUCUCACUGCUUUAAAAUGCAAGCAAAACAAUAUUGCCUUUGCCAGUGUACACGACUCAUAUUGGACGCAUGCCGCCACUGUCGAGCCGAUGUCAGAGCUCAUCAGAGGCACAUUUGUCGAGCUACAUUCCCAGGAUCUGGUGGGCAAAUUAAGACAAGAAUUUCUCAGCCGAUACGGCGACUACUGCAUUCCGGUCCAAUCCGCGCAGAACAUCUCAACGUCUUCGACCAAGCGUAGAGUCGCUGCAGCAAAGCGCCAGCGGGCAAUGUCCGAGAUGCUUCCCCCCUCGGAAAUGUCGGACGCCACAGAUGUUGGCUUGUCUGCCGAGUCUGCUUUUCGCAAUGACAUCGCAGAAGCGGAAGUUGAUCUGAUCACUUCCAGUAAUGAGGUCACAGAGGCCAAGGCCGCGGAAUCUAUGGGAUUAUCCGCCGGAAAGCUGGAUGAAAUCGCUGGCCUGGCGGUCUCUGGCCAAGAGAUUCCCACGAUGAAGAUGGGCGGCCAAGCAUGGGUCAGAUUCAAAGAUGUCUUACCUCCAUGUCCUCCCAGAGGUAUCUUCCAAGUACAAAAGGUCAAAGAAUCUGCCUAUUUCUUUUCAUGA